GGGUUGAUUGCUUGCUUAUCUUCUUCCCCGAGAAGUUCUAAUUCUAAUUGCUUUUGCAGAUACCCCAUCACAGUCAUUUCUUCAAACACAAAGAGGUCACCUUUCUUUUCUUUUCAUUUCACUUUUUUCUCUUUCUUUCAUCUUUCAUUUUCUUUCUUUCACACACAGCUUUCUGAGAUUCUCUAUUUUCUUAUGCUACGCGAAUUCAAUUACUUACGAAUCAGAAGGAAGAAAUGGUUUUGAUUAACUAUGCACAUAUCUUUGCUUGUGAAGACCCUUUAAGAAAUUGAGCUUAACUAAGCAUCUGGGUCAGGCCAACUAUGUCUCAUUUUGAAGGGGAAGAAGAAGAGGGUGAGUUUAUGGCUGAAGCAUAUGAUGAUGAUAUUGAGGAUGAAAAUGAAUACUUCUCAGAUUCUGAUGGCGAUGACCUUCGCUCUGACUUCGAUUUUUUGCAAAAUACUAAAUCAGCUGAUACCACUGCUAAGCAAGCUAGAGCAGGCAAAGAUAUCCAAGGUAUUCCUUGGGAUAGGCUUAGUUUUACCAGACAAAAGUAUCGCCAGACUAGGUUGGAACAGUACAAGAACUAUGAGAGUUUGCCUUUUUCUGGACACACCUCCUCAAUGGACUGUAAAAUUACUAAGAAAGGGUCUACAUUCUAUGAUUUCAGAAGAAAUGCACGAUCAGUGAAAUCAACCAUUCUUCAUUUUCAGUUGAGGAAUCUGGUGUGGGCUACUUCAAAACAUGAUGUUUACCUUUUGUGCAAUUACUUAAUCAUUCAUUGGUCAUCAUUGACCUUCACCAAGUCUGAAGUUCUCAAUGUUUCAGGACAUGUAGCACCCUCUAAGAGUCAUCCUGGAAGUCUGCUAGAAGGAUUUAAGGAACCUCAAAUCAGUACUCUUGCUGUAAAAGAUAAUCUUUUAGUUGCUGGAGGAUUGCAAGGAGAACUUAUUUGCAAGCAUCUUGAUCGACCUGGAAUUAGCUACUGCACCAAGACUGCUACUGGUGAUAAUGCCAUAACAAAUUCCAUUGAGAUAUAUACAAGUCCCAGUGGUGCAGUUCACUUCACAUCAGCAAAUAAUGACGGCGGAGUCAGAGUUUUCGAUAUGGAGAGAUUUCAGCUUUCUAAGUCUUUCUUCUUUCCUUGGGCAGUGAAUCAUACUAGUUUGAGUCCGGAUGGUAAACUUCUUGUAGUUGCUGGGGACAAACAGAAGUGUAUAUUAGCAGACUCCCAAACUGGAAAGACAGUGACACCCUUGCGUGGCCAUUUGGAUUUCUCUUUCGCUUCAGCCUGGCACCCGGAUGGUGUCACCUUUGCCACUGGAAACCAGGACAAGACCUCCCGGAUAUGGGAUGUUCGUAACCUCUCAAAAUCGGUUGAAGUGCUAAAGGGAAACAUUGGAGCCAUUCGGUCUAUUCGGUACACAUCAGAUGGUCGGUACAUGGCAAUGGCAGAGGCUGCAGAUUUUGUGCAUGUGUAUGAUGUGAAAAGUGGUUAUGAAAAGGAACAGCAAGUCGAUUUGUUUGGUGAGAUAUCUGGCAUGUCAUUCAGUCCAGACACAGAAACACUUUUCAUUGGAGUAUGGGAUCGUACUUAUGGAAGUCUCCUAGAGUAUGGUCGACAAAGGAACUACACAUAUCUUGACUCUUUGAUUUGAGUUGCAUGGCAUGGCAUGGCAUGGAAGAGGGUUUUGAAGAAGAAAGUUUAGAUGUAAAACUUGUGUUGUUGGUUUGGUUGGUUUAAGUGAGUUUUCAAAGUGAGGCUGAUGUCCAUACAGAAAGGCCUCGAGGGGAUUGACUUGAUAGAUAUAUGUAGUUCAGAAAAAGAAAUUAGGAGAGCACAGCAUAUAGCAGUGUGUCUUACCUUACUCUCAAGUACAAUACUACUAGUAGUAACUAGACAUGUUUUAUCUUUCUUUUUCUUUUUCCUUUUCAAAAGACUAUUAAAAGUCACAACAAAUACAAAAUCUUUAGAAAGAUGAUUAAUAUAGAAAAUAUGUUUUAUA